AUGAGACUCUCAACCUCCCUGCUUACCUUCUUCCUCGCCACAGUAACAGCAACAUCAGACACCCCCCUCUCAACUCUAACCAUCCACCCUGCCUGCCCCAGCACCACGCCAUCGGACGCAAUCGUGACGCGCUCCAAUGCACCCAUACCUUCCUGUGCAGCAGGCAACGAGACAAAACCCCUGAUAAUCAGCAUGGACGGCAAUAAAACGAUGACGAUGACUGCAGGAGGAGGAAGCGCGAGGAUGACGCCUAGUAUGAGUUCGAGUGGGAGUCCGGCGCAGUUUACUGGCGCGGCGGGUCGGAAUGUUGGUUUUGGAGGUGGGGUUUUGGCGGCAGUAGGGGGCGCAGUUGUUGCUGUUGUUGUUUAA